AUGGCGAAGCUGUACGUGCAGGCGGUGCCGCCCCCGGAUCUGAACAGGAACACGGAGUGGUUCAUGUACCCCGGGGUCUGGACCACCUACAUCCUCAUCCUCUUCUUCUGCUGGAUCCUCGUCCUCUCCGUCUUCGGGUGCGCGCCCGGCACGGCGUGGACGCUCGUCAACCUCGGUCACUUCGCGAUCACCUAUCAUUUUUUCCACUGGAAGAAGGGGACCCCAUUUGCUGAUGACCAGGGGAUGUAUAACACAUUGACAUGGUGGGAACAAAUGGACAAUGGCAAACAGCUUACACGCAACCGAAAGUUUCUGACUGCAGUUCCUGUCGUUCUGUAA